AUGAGUGACCUCGCGGAAAUUGGUGCGUCCAAGCCCCGUUUGUGCCACCUGACAAUUUUGCCAAACUUUUCCGGUUACGGAUUCAGUUUACGAACCGAAGCCGUUGGAAACAUUCAGCACAUAGAAAAAGUGGAAAGCAAUUCACCAGCGGAGCUGGGAGGUUUACUGACCGGAGAUGUGCUAUGGAAAGUCAAUGGAAAAUCUGUUCGAGGGGUUCCCCACAGGGAAGCGGUUGAUUACAUCAAAGAGCUUAAAAAUCAGGUUCACUUGCUGGUGCUACAACCACGUGUUUCAGCCCAAUAUGAUGAAUUUACAGAUCCGCUAGCCGAAGCCGAAAAAGAUGCUGUGAAAUGUGAAAUAAAGUUGGAUGAAAGUAAGGCUGAGCCUCAGCUGAGUCGCGCAGAUAAACAACUAAUCCGAGCAGAUGCCACAACAAUGAACCGGAUAUUCUACAAACGUCGUCAACAGUUAGAGAACAGUGCAAAUUCAGCUUUGAAGAAUACCGGAUGUGUAAACUACGGAAUGACCGAUGAGCAUGGAAAUGCACAAACUUGA